AUGCACCCAACAGGGUCAGUGGACAGUAGCUUCUCCCGCUCUGGUGUGCAGACCCUCUCCCGGAGCCACUGUCGCAAUAUCAAACAGAAGAUCUCCCAGUGGGAGGGGAGGACACGAGGGUGCUCCAGCAAGGAGAAAGAGCAGCUGAAGGACUUCAGAGUAAAGUAUGAUCCUAGGGUGAAGCCAGAACAUACAGAGAAAGGCAGAAGGACUAGGUCCAAAGAUCCAAAGAGCCUGGGUUUGGACUUCAGGGAAGAUGCUCAAAGCUGCUUGCAGACUGAUGACUGUGGUGACCUCAAGCCCCGUGCAUGCAGCCUAGCUCCCCCAGCCAAGGAGAAAGGAGAGUGGCAAGCAGGCUUCCUGGACCCAGGGACAGCACCACCCCCCAGGAAGUUCUAUACCUCACAAGAUCUGUGGAGGAGAGUAGAUCCCCCUCUGCCUAGUAAAGCCCUACCGGUUCCCUUGGACCUUCAGAAGAAGCAAGGGAGCUGUGAGUCCACGGAAAAAGAACUUAAAAUCAAAGAAGUGAACUCUCUCUGCAGGGCAGAGAGGAGCUUGAGAAACAUUUACUCUGAGGCUGAGAGGCAAGAGGAGAAGCCAGCUGCUGUCCCACCGCUCAAGCCCCGUCGGACUUUCCGCUAUCUUGCAGAAAAGGGUGCCGGUAGCUCUAGUGAUGCCAGUGCUACCAGAGAAGCUGCCCUGCAAAGGCAGUGUGGAGGAGACUUGGUGUCAGUCUCCAAGAAUCCUGAGAAGACAAUAACUGGCAGGAGGAUCAGAGGCAGAACCCAGAGGAAAUCUUUCGAGUUUGAGGACGUCCAGGGCUUCCGCAGCCGUAUGGCAGCCACCAACUCCCAUAGACUUCGAGAAGAGACAAAUGGCACUACAGGAUCCAGGCUUGUCUACACGCAAUCAGAAGACAACAUCUAUGAGGACAUUAUCUGUCCUGCAAAAGAGAACCCCUAUGAAGGUGUCAGAGUGCUGCCCUUACCCCUGUGGAAGGUCCCAUCUGUCUGGAAGCUACCACCCCCCUGGAGCACCAGUAGGGCGCCUCAGCUGAUACUAAAAAUACAAGAGAUCUUUGAUUCUAAGCGUGGAAAGAAGAGGGUGAAGUUACUCAGUCCUGCUGGGAGAGAAGCUCCUCCAAUGAAAGGUGAAACCAGUGGGAAUGAAAGUGAUACGGAAAAUCAGCCCAAAAGUCGACAUAGGUGCCUGCUGCAGGUGCAGUCCAAGAGGAACCCGCACUACCAGACUUUGGAGAGGGAUUUGCUAGAGCUUAAGCGGCUAUUUGAGCUGUUUGUGGUGGUGUCGCUGCACAAGAAGGCCUCUGAGAUGAUGUACACGCCACAGAUCAUACAGCAGUUUCCCAGCAAGCCUGAACAUCCCUUCAAACAGUCAAAAGAUACUGAAGAGAGGCUAAAGGUGAUUCCCAAAUUCUGCUUUCCAGAUCCCAAAGAUUGGUUUCCCAUGUCAGACCUGAAAAGUGAAACGUUUUCUUUUGUGUUGACGGGUGAGGAUGGCAGCCGCUGGUUUGGGUACUGCAAGAAGCUCCUGCCAGAAGGGAAAGGGAAGCGCCUUCCUGAGGUGUACUGCAUCGUUAGCCGCCUGGGCUGUUUCAACCUUUUCUCCAAGAUUUUAGAUGAAGUGGAGAAACGACGAGAGAUGUCCCCAGCCCUAGUGCACCCGUUUAUGCGUAGUGUAAUGGAGGCACCUUUCCCUGCUCCUGGACGCACGAUCACUGUGAGGAGUUUCCUGCCGGGAGCGGGAAAUGAGGUGAUGGAACUCUGCCGACCAUUGGAUUCACGGCUUGAGCACGUUGAUUUUGAAUGCCUGUUUAAGUGCCUCAGUGUUCCUCACAUGAUUCGUGUCUUUGCCUCUCUCCUGCUGGAAAGGAGGGUGAUCUUUGUUGCUGACAACUUAAGCACUCUGUCUAAAUGUGGCCAUGCUGCAGUUGCCACACUUUAUCCCUUCACUUGGCAACACACCUACAUACCGGUCCUGCCAACUUCUAUGAUUGAUAUUGCGUGCUCUCCGACCCCAUUCUUAAUUGGCAUUCUCUCCUGCUCGUUGCCACAGCUCCAGGACCUGCCCAUAGAAGAGGUUCUGAUUGUUGAUCUUUGUGCUGACAAGUUCUUGCAAGAGGCAUCAGAUGAAGAUGAGAUCCUGCCUCGUAAACUCCAGGCUGCACUUGUACAAAUCUUGGAAGAACGAAGUGAAAUCUUGUCACAUGAGCAAAGGGACACACAAGACGCGCCCCUUAACUCACUGGUCUCUGAAGCUUUUGUGCAGUUCUUUGUGGAGAUCGUUGGACACUACUCCCUGCACAUGAAUGUCACAGAGAAAGGGGAACGAGUGUUUCAGUGGGAAUUGUUCCGUAAAUCUCACGUGUCACGCAACGUUCGUCAUUUCUUGCACUUCUUCAUGGAAACGCAGAUGUUUGCAGGGUUCAUACAGGAUCGAGAGCUAAGUAAGAACGUGGUCAAAGGCCUUUUUGAGGUACGUGCCUUGGAGUAUCUGGCAAAUAUUCCAGAAACAGAACGAACUGGAAUGAACAAGAUCCUUCACAGUCUUGGAAGCAAAAUGAAAUUUCUCCAGAAGCGAUGA